UCCCUAACCCCUCCUCCUCCCCCCCAACCCAAAUCCAACAAAUCCCUAACCGGAAGGCUGUCCACGGCAGGGAUGACCGUCCGGAUUUCCUAACCCCUUCUCCUCCUCCCUAUGCCGACGAGAGCUACCUGAUCUUCUUCGAGUCUCCUCGAAUACGGAUUCUCGCUUCGAGAGCUCACGUCCGAGGCCAAUCGCGGGAUUUCGUUCUGGAGCCCCAGUUUAGAUUCCGAUGGUUCUUUCCGGUUGCUCUCGAUGCGAGCAUUCUAAAGGCUGGUCAUACAUUUGGGGUUUUUCAAUCUUUUGUUUAACCAAUUGCAAAAAUCAGACAUUUUCUAGAUUCCAAAUGGAUUUUGAGCAUCGGCGAGAUGGCACUGUUUUUACUUCUUUGAUUGUCAGAUGACCUCAUUCUAUGAUUUUUGAGUCUUUCCCAUUUGGUAGUCCCCUGUCACAACUCCAACAAAUUUGAUCUGACACCUAUUCACCCACUAUAUGCAACUAUAUGUCUUUAGGUUGUGUAUGUCUUGUAACAACAUAUGAUUAUGAAUCUUGUAACUGCAUACAACAAUAUAUUUUUUGAUUUGCCUGUCUAUGCUCAUUGGUAUCAACACAAUGACUACCACAUUUGUCUCUGUGUACUGUAAAUGUCAUCAGCCCGCUGUUGCUCGUAAGUUAUUCGAUGAAAUGCUUGAGAGGAAUGAGAUUGGAACCAUGAAUUCUAGUGCUGGAUCCACUAAUGAUGCACAAUAUGUAGUGCUAUCGAAUAUUUAUGCUGCUUCAGAAAAAUGGGAAGAAGCAGAGAGGAUAAGGAGGAGAAUGGUGGAAAAUGGAAUACAAAAAAUGUGUGGUUGCAGUUCGAUCAUGAAAGGUGCAUUGUGAGACCGUUACUGAUGGGAGUGCCAGUGACACUCUGGAGCCAUGGAAAUUUAAGGUUUCAUAUGACAAGUUGGUCAUUGCAUCCGGAGCAGAGGCCUCGACCUUUGGUAUACGUGGUGUAAGAGAGCAUGCGGUCUUUCUCCGUGAGGUUCACCAUGCCCAAGAGAUUCGGAGGAAGCUCCUUCUCAAUCUGAUGCUGUCUGAUGUGCCCGGCAUAUCAGAAGAAGAAAAGAGGAGACUGUUGCACUGUGUUGUUAUUGGAGGUGGUCCAACCGGUGUUGAGUUCAGUGGUGAAAUUAGUGAUUUCAUCAUUGGAGAUGUUCAUCAACGUUACUCCCAUGUUAAAGACUAUAUCUGUGUGACCCUAAUUGAGGCAAAUGAAAUUUUAUCAUCUUUCGAUGUUCGACUCAGAACAUAUGCUACAAAACAACUCACUAAGUUCAACCUCAACGGCUCCUGAAGAACAGCAAGCAAAGAUAAAUGAAGUUCGAAGGAUGAAUGGUCCAUUGUCGGAAGCACUGCCAGACUUCUAUUCAGAUGCUUCAAUAUCAAGGUACCUCCGGUCAAGAAACUGGAAUGCAGAAAAGGCAAGUAAAAUGCUGAAAGAGACUGUGAAAUGGAGAUUGAAAUACAAGCCAGAAGCCAUUCGCUGGGAAGAUGUUGCCCAUGAAGCUGCUACCGGAAAGAUUUACCGGGCUGAUUACUCUGACAAAUAUGGAAGAUCUGUUCUUGUUAUGAGGCCUGGAUUUCAGCUCUCGUCAACUGAGUCUGCAGUGAGGAAGGCAGAGGAUGUGGUGAGCAGCAUGCUGGCCAAGGGUUUUGUCCUGAGCAAGGAUGCCCUCAAGAGAGCCAGGUCCUUUGACGAACGGCACCAUUUUAUGUCCGGCGCCUCAGCUAUGGCUUUAGUCCCCUGGAGGAUCUCACUGGAAUUAUUGGGCAAUCAUCAUCCUCUUCUACCUCUACAAGUCAAGCUCCAGAGCUGUACUCGCGUGAAGACCUUCUAGGUAUUUUUGAGCACUAAAA